CGGGUUGGUUUUCGAUUGGCCGUGUUUUCCUCACGCUAUGUUGCUAGGAAACAAAUGAUGCACAGGAUUGUUGUUCAGAUAAGGAGCACGUUGACAAUUCAGCAACACACGUCAAUAAAUCAUGUCCUGUGCCGUUUUAUUGGAUAACAACGCUAAGCCAAAGUCCAUGAGCCGAGCAAAGCAGUGGACAGGAGAGAUUGAGGACCUGUACAGAUUUCAGCAGGCUGGCUACAGAGAUGAGCUGGAGUACAGACAAAUCAAACAAGUCGAGAUUGACCGUUGGCCAGACACUGGGUUUGUGAAGAAGCUUCAGCGUCGAGAUAACACUUUCUACUACUACAACAGAAAGCGAGAGUGUGAAGAUCGAGAGGUCCAUAAAGUGAAGGUGUAUGUGUACUGACAGUUCCUCAGCCCAGCCAGCACUUUGACAUUUUUAUAGUUUUGAAAUACUUUUAAAAAACUCUUUAAAAAAAAUGAAUCAUCACAUUGUAUUCUUAAUGUUAGCCUGGGUACAAUUUCUGAAUUAAAAAAAUGAUCUGAUAAACAUUUUUCAUGUGAAUAAACCAUUUGAUGUUUCAUAUUUAUAAAUAGCCAGCCUUUUCUGGAUGUAAUGACAUGUAAUGACAGCCUUUACUAAAGAAACCAGUUAAACAUAAGUUGGUUUAGAUACACAUUUAUCCAAUUUGAGUGGUUUGCUCUUUUUCCUUCGUUAUGCAGCACACUAUAAUAAAUCAAUGUAUGACUAUUAUUAUUAUUUUUUUACUUUUGAGUUGAGAAAAAGUGAUCAAACACUGAUGAGGUGUAUUGAAAAAUAAAACAAAACAGCUUGUGAAUAUCAAUAUUAAUUUCAGGGAAAUACCUUAAUUAUUAACAAUCAACGUCCAUGAAGAAAAUGUACCCUUUUAUUGAGUGUUAUUAUAUUAUUAAAUUAUUUUUGGUU